ACAAAGUAAUAUAGGCCUAGUUUAGGGAGUUUAAUAUCGAUGUUUGCCAUGUAAGAUGUCCUCUGGAAUUUUUAACUUGAAAUUCGGUUCAUGAAAGGAUCUCAGGUUACACUGCUGCUCGCCCUCUUCUUCCUUAACUCUCGCUUCUCACAAACCGAAAGUUAACCACUCGCGCGGAAAGAUGGACAGUACGCAUCUGCUGAGUGACCAGGAUGAAGUCCACACUGGCCCAUCAUGUCCUGCUGGAUCUUAUGCAGAUCCAAACACAGUGGCAAAUGAUGGGGCGACGGCUCCUCCUGCAGAUUUGAUGCCUGUUGUUCCUGGAUAUGAACAUUUGGGACCUAAUGUUAUUCCACCGUCAGAUUUUGGAUCGGCACAGCCACAAGCCCCAUCCAGUGCUCCAGAGAGACGCUUUGACAUUCCUGCAAUCAGUGAAGAACUUGCACAGGAGGCCUUCACGAAAUAUGUCACCAGCAAAUGCUGUUACAGCUCUAAACCUGCCAAAGAGAUGGUGUUCACAGACCUGCAGUCCCUCAACACAUAUCGGUACCGAUUGGAGACUUUUACAGAAUCUAGAACAACAGAGUGGGACAGUGAACCAUACAAUGGUCAGGUGGUGGAUGGAUUUGGAGCGGCCCCCGGUCCAUGGAGUAUACCUGUGCCCAUCCCUUCCCUCUUUAAAGACUGCGAGAAAGCCGUCCGAGUUCCUCACACGUCUACUGUCAAAGGUUGUCAUUCAUGCCUGAAUCUUGGAAGAUCUGCAUGCAGAAAAUGCGUAAAUUCAGGCAGGACUCGAUGUGGACCGUGUAGUGGCAUGGGUUGGACUCAAUCCAGUCAACGGCAACGCUGUACGAUGUGUCAGGGCUCUGGCAUGAUUAGGUGUCAUUCCUGUGGAGGAGUUGGUUCAGUUACCUGCAAAACAUGCAAAGGGCAAGGAAAGCUCCUCUGCUUCAUCAAACUUAAAGUUACAUGGAAGAACAACGUUCAUGUGGCUGUGAUUGACAAGCGUUCAGGAUUCCCUGUUGAACUUCUCGAACAAAUUACUGGAGAGAAACUUCUAACUGAUAUGGCUCCAAUGGUUUAUCCAGUGGUCGGUUUCCCGGACAGCUCUGUGAACGCAGCGUCUGAAAGCGCCGUGAGGGAACACCAGGCUCAGUUCUCCACCACUUGUCGUAUUCUGCAACAGAGGCAGACCAUUGAGCUAAUUCCUAUCACAAGAGUGCAUUACACCUGGAAUGAAAAAACCUACAUUUAUUUUGUAUAUGGAACUGAACACAGAGUUUACACCAAGGAUUAUCCUGCUAAAUGCUGCUGUUGCUCCAUCCUUUAAACAUGCAGUAUUGGCAGCCUGUGCUGUAGCUUCUGCCAGAUGUUAAAAGAGUAAUAUAAUAUCAUCUUCAUACGAAUAGUUAUACAUAUUUGAACACAUUAUAAAGGAAUGUAGGCAAAUUAAAAAAGAACAUGCAUUUAUAUGAGUCUUAAAAAAUGUUUUUCCCAAAAUUGUGAGAUUAUAUAUCGAAAUUUCGACUAUAAAACUUGCAAUUCUGUCUUUUUUUUUCUCUCAAUUCCGAGUUUAUAACAGUUAAUAAGUUCUGACUUUUUUCCUCAGAAUUGUGAGAUCUGAACUUGGAAUUCUGAGUUAUAAAGACUGAAAUGUGAUAUAAAAGCUCAUGAUUCUGAAAAAAAUUUAUAAUAAUAAUAAUAACCUUUAUUUUCAAUAGCGCCUUUAAAUGUACAUCUCAAAGCACUUUACAGAAACAAAUAAAACAACAAAGAUACACCACACAAUAUAAAGAUUAAAGUUAAAGCGACAAAAUAAACUAUAAAAUAAGCACAAUGAAAAAUUACAAUUAUUCAAUUAAAAGCUACCCUAAAAUAAUUAGUUUUAAGCUGAGAUUUAAAAAUGCCAAGAGAUUUAGCUUGCCUUAUCUCAAUCGGUAAGGAAUUCCAAAGUUUUGGAGCUAGUGAAGAAAAAGCCCUAUCUCCCAUCAAUCUUAAACGAGUUAAGGGAACAGCUAAAAGACCAGUUUCAGAAGAACGAAGGUCAUGGGUUGGACUAUAGGGAAUUAAAAACUCGGUCAAAUAUUGAGGUGCCAACCCAUGUAAGGCCUUGUAGGUAAGCAUCAAAAUUUUAAAGUCAACCCUAAACCUAAUGGGGAGCCAAUGUAAGGACUCCAAAACGGAAGUAAUAUGAUCUCUUAUCCUAGUUCUAGUAAGGAUUCUAGCAGCUGAAUUUUGCACUACCUGCAAAUUGUUUAAGGUAGCUUUUGACACCCCAGCCAACAAGGCAUUACAGUAAUCAAUACGGGAAAACACAAAAGUUCUGAAUUGUAAGAUAUAUACUCGCAAUUCUGAGCAAAAAAAAAAGAUUGUGAGACAUACCUGUAAACUCACAAUUGAGAGAACAAAAGUCAUAUAUAUAUAUAUAUAUAUAUAUAUAUAUAUAUAUAUAUAUAUAUAUAUAUAUUAUUCUUUGGUGAAAAGCUUCCAUUCAUUGGUCAUUUUCAUUUCACAGAAAUGAAAAUUAUCCUAUCUGGACACUAUCUUUUUUAUUAUAAAAUAUAGCCUUCAUUUUAUUUUUACCUUUGAUUUUAGGGUAAAAUAUUAUGGUACAGUAUAUUGUUACUUGUCAUAUCUUUACUUUUGCUAAAAAUUUCACUUUCAGUUUAAUUUGAAACAUGUAGGCUAAUUUGUUAGUUGUUACACAGAGACUAUUAUGAAAGUGUACCAUGUUACAAAAAAAAAAAAAAAAUGUUUUACUUACUUAAUAUUUUACUUACUUUUAUUGCUUAGGCCUAGUUUUAUGUUAUGCAAUAAUUUGUAUAGGCCUAUGUAUCGUUUGUAUGUGCAGUCUACAAGUCUAUAUUCCUAAAGGGAUCAUUUACCCAGUAAGGCAUUUUAAACUUUAUACAAACCAAUGUCGUUCCAGAUCCGUACGACUUUCUUUCUUCCGCAAAACACAAAAUGAGAUUUGUCUCCAUCCACUUUCAUUGUUUCCUUUUUUUUUCUUUUUUUUUUUUUUUACAAGCGAAUGUCGACUGACGCGUUCAUUCUGCCGAACAUCGCAAUUGUGCCUCACGGAAGUCAUACGGGUUUGCAAUGACAUGAGCGUGAGUAAAUGACAUAACUUAAAUUUUGAGUAGACUGUGCCUUUAAGGAUUCUGUAAAUUCUGUGAGUUGUAGAAGACGAGCUUCAUUAAACCAGGCUGCCAGAA